GGCCGCCGCUCGGCCCGGCGCCGGGGCGCGCGGGGGUGGGAGCGGGCCGCCUCAGCCUGAUUUACGGCUCUGCUGAAAACCGCUUCGCUCCCGCAGCAGCAGCACCGGCCGCGGCGGCAGCAGCAGCAGCUGCAGCUGCAGCAACAAGUCGGGACUUUUAGAGUAAUGCAACAGCAGGCUUUUGAGGCAAGCGGAUACCCCUGGCAGGAGUCCUUUGAGAAUGUUGCUGUGUGCCUGCCAUUCCGCUGCCCGAGGUGUGGAGACCAUACCAGAUUUAGAAGCCUGUCGUCGUUGAGGGCCCAUCUGGAAUUCAGUCACAGCUACCAGGAAAGAACCCUCUUGACAAAAUGCAGCCUCCUUCCAUCCCUCAAAGACACAGACCUAGUCACCUCCUCAGAACCCCUGAAACAGGCAAAAUUGCAGAGCUGUGGCAACGUGGUGAAGCAGAAGCCGAGCUAUGUUAACUUGUAUAGCAUUUCACACGAACACUCCAAGGACAGGAAGCCAUUCGAGGUGGUGGCAGAGAGACCUGUGUCCUACGUGCAGACCUACACUGCAGUGGACCUCCGUGCAGACUCGCUGGAUGGGUCCCGGUCGAGUCCCGGCCUUCCCACCCCAGACACCAAAGCUUCUUUCGAGGCACAUGUCAGAGAAAAGUUCAAUCGGAUGGUGGAAGCCGUGGACAGGACCAUCGAGAAGAGAAUUGAUAAACUCACCAAAGAGUUGGCUCAGAAAACUGCUGAACUGUUGGAAGUUCGGGCAGCUUUUGUUCAGCUGACUCAGAAAAAGCAGGAAGUUCAGAGACGAGAGCGGGCCCUGAAUAGACAGGUGGACGUGGCCGUGGAGAUGAUUGCGGCGCUGAGGCAGCGCCUGACGGAGUCCGAGGAGGAGCUUCUCAGGAAAGAGGAAGAAGUUGUUACAUUCAACCAUUUCCUCGAAGCAGCAGCUGAGAAGGAGGUUCAAGGGAAAGCUCGGCUCCAGGACUUUAUCGAGAAUCUCUUACAACGGGUAGAACUGGCGGAAAAGCAGUUAGAAUACUAUCAAAGCCAGCAGGCCGCUGGCCUCGGCCGAGACGUCAGUGAGCAUGUGCUUACAGAUAUCUCCUCAAAUAGGAAACCCAAAUGCCUCAGCCGAGGGCACCCACAUUCUGUGUGUAACCACCCUGAUCUCAAGACCCAUUUUCAUCCAAAGGGAAGGAGCUACCUGAAAAAAGCCAAGGAUGACAGAGCCAGCACGCAGCCUUCGAAGGCCGUUCACGAACAGGCUGAGUCCCCAAGAGAGCUCUGCAGACCACUGAAGAAAGGGGAGCUGGGGCUUAGCCGCAAGGGCAACAUCAGGCCCAAAAUGGCUAAAAAAAAGCCAACAGCAAUUGUGAACAUCAUCUAAAAGGGUGGGUGGCUCUGGACCACUGUUGCUGGGCUUUGGGGGUGUUGUUCUAGGAACCAACAAUAAUGUCCUUUUGGAUACAUCCCAUAGUAGGACACUCUGGGAAAGCAAAGGGUACUACACAUUUAUUUCGUGUCCAUACAAGCACCUGGAUUAACCAGAAUUUAAAAACAGGAAUCUCGGUGAACCAGAAUUUUUUUACAAGCCCCUUUUUAGAAGCAAGAGGCAAAUUACAGAAAGAAUGUAAAAAGAUGAAGUCAGUUGUAUCUCAAAGUUUUAGUAAAACAAAGCUCCAUCUUCUACAGUACUGAGCCCAGUCUCCAGUACUUGCUGCAUCGAGGAUUCUAUGCCGUGGUCCUUCAUUCUCAGACCCACGGCCACACAGCAUGUCAGGUUGGAAAAACUUUCCUCUGUGCCCACUGGUCUCUGAAUUGCAAGGCAAAGAAUAGGAAUGUAAAGUUCUGUUAAUAGCAGUGGAAGAAAAAUAUUUGUGUUUGUUUUUAACCUUCCCCUCAAUUAGUUUGGAAGCCUCCAAAAUAAGGAAUCCUGUUUCCUUGAGUGUUCUGGUUAAUCAAGAUUUCAAUGUUUGGGUUGCUUCAGGGACUCAUUCAGUCAGAGUUCAGUUCUCAUUUUAAUGGACUGUUUUCCAGUUUGUUUGUUUGUUUUGGGCUUUUUGUUUCCCUGGAUGCAUGUUUAUUCCGAUUUUGGUCCACUCUGCUCUCUUCUUCGGCUGAGUCCUCUGCACCCUAAGACCGUGCUGCCGGCCUCUAUUUAAUAGCUGCUGCUUGUGCUGUGCUGGGGGAGAACAGUGCAGCCCUUCCAUCAGCGCCGUCACCAGGGCAGGGUCUGGAUGGUUGGAUGCCAGCGGAUUGCUUCCCUGCUCCUCGUAGCUGUAGGCAUGACUUUCUCCUUGCUGGCCUAGCUUUUCCACCUCCUGCUGCUUCUGUGCCCUUUCAUGACUAAAGUAUACUUUCUGACCUUUCAACCAAGUAUCUGAAGUGUUCGUUGUACACCACUUUCUAAAGUAAUUUCUGAAAUAAACACUGCAUGUGGGAUCCAGAAUCUGACACCAUCCUCCCCUUCCUCCCUAAAGUGGCCUUUGUUAAGAACCUCCUGCUUUACGAGUUUUCUUCAAGAAUGAAUUUCCAUGUUCCUUCUUUUUUAAUUUAGCAAUAUCAUCAGGUCUCCUGCAGAGUUUACAAAGUGCUGACAUCCUUCUGGAAAUAAGAAUAAUUAUGUCCACAAAUAGAUACAUAUAUACAUACACAUAACACAUACAAAAUAUGUAUGUCAACUAUAUUAAUUUAUUUUUAAAUACUCAUGGAAAAGGUAUGUGUUUGUGGUGGAUGAUUUUUUAACUAUAUAUGUUCAUGUAGAUUAAAUUCUCUUCUUUUAAAAAUUAAAACUGUAACCUAAUUAACAUUAGUAGAAUUAUGGUUGUUAUUGCAAUAUGCAUCAGAUUAGCAGUGCGUUAAAAAUAGGUAAUAAAGCAAUUACUUAAAAUACCAGUAAAUUGAAAAGUGUAACUUAAUCAUUGUAUAAACAUUUUGAACCUCUUAUAGUGAAAAUGUUGAUUUUUGAAUCUUCUCUUUGACUUUUGGCUCAUGGAGAUGGGCCAUUCAUGUGGUAUAUAGGCAACUGUCAAGUGGGAGAAAACAUUGCUGUGAAUAUCAUGUUUUUAGGCUAACAUUGUAAAAAUUAUAAUGUUACAAUUAUUGUUUAUUUGGAGAAUUAACCUCCUCCCAGGUUAUUUCUUAUUGAUGUUUAUACUAUGAUUGCACUUUAGCCUUUUGCAUACUAAAAAAUUGACUGGUUAGUUGUAUUGCAUGUUCUUUGUCCUGUAAUGUAUGUAUGCAAUAACGACAACUUGUUUUUAAACUUGUUUGUGUAGCCAGAUUUUUUUUUCCAUUUUAUUUAAUGUAACCUACGUUUUCCAUUUUCAUUUAAUAUGCCUAGAAGGCAUGACAGCUCUCCUUGGCAGUGGUACCCAGUAAUCUUCAGAAAGCACCACAAUGUCAUAUCUACUCUAUGUACAUUACACAAGACAAAUAAUUUUAAGAUUUAUUAUAUUAAAAAACAAUUUUUAAGUUCCAACUAAAUUCUGACCCUCAUACAAGGAAAUGCAUUAUGUAAGUUGUACUUCCCGUAAAUUUCCUCCUGAAACACGGGAGCUGGCUCACUCUGAAGGAUAUCCCACUUACAUGCUAUGACUUGAGCCAUGUGCCAUGUCCCACUUGGGUCUUAUUUUUAAAUAUUUUCUUUGUCCACAUGGGCAGUCAACCUUAGAGUUGCUUUUUUGAAGAAAUGACCAAAGUUUCUGGGAAAACGUGUUCAAGGUUAAACUGAGGAAUGGAUCUAAUUUUAUUUGUUUUGUAAGGAAGAAAUCUUUAUUUGAACUAUUUUUCUUUUUUCCCAGACUAAUUUACAGAUUCUUAACUGCAGAGUUCAGAUUGCCUAGACACUUUUCCAGUAUUCUACAGGGUCAAUCAGUUGUUGGAAGUUGGAAUAUUCUGUUCCCAGAAUUAAAAAAAAGUUUUUAGAUUAUGAAAUAUUAUAAUAAUAAAGCUAUAUUUCUGACUAA